UGACAUCCAAAAGCUCAUUUUCAAAUUCGCUUCCGACCAAACGCAUCUGAUCGAGACUUACCAAGACAACAUAUCAUGUCGACUGCUCCGAGAACUGUCAACGCAUACGCCGCCUUUGACAGCACCGGCGUAUGCAAACCCUGGCAGUACCAGAGUCGCCCACUUGGUGACGAGGACGUCGAGAUCAAGAUUUCUCACUGCGGUAUCUGCGGCUCUGACCUUCACACCAUUGACGGCGGUUGGGGUCCCGCCCCGUACCCGUGCGUUGUUGGUCACGAAAUCAUUGGUGAAGUGACUCUGACUGGCCCGAAUGUGAAGAAUCUGGCAGUGGGCGACCGUGUCGGCGUGGGUGCCCAAGUGUGGGCUUGUUUAAACCGCGAUCCCAAUGACAAGUGCCGCGAUUGCGGAGAUGGUGAGGAUGCUGUGUGCGAUCAGGGUGUCUGGACUUACAACGGCACUUAUAAGGACGGCGCCAAGUCCUACGGCGGGUACGCCGACUACGUGCGUGUCGACAGCAACUACGCUUUCAGGAUCCCCGAGGUUAUUCCUUCCGAUGUGGCUGCACCUCUGCUCUGUGCUGGUGCUACCGUUUUCACGCCUCUGAAGCAGGAGGGCGUGAAGGCGGGCGACCGUGUCGGCGUCAUUGGCAUUGGUGGCCUUGGCCACAUCGCCAUUCAGUUCAUUCGUGCCCUGGGCGCCACUCCUGUUGCUUUUUCGCGUUCUGCAAACAAGGAGAAGGAAAUUUUGUCGUUGGGAGCCGAGGAAUUCUACAACCUCAGCGACACCGAGCAGCAGAAGAAGACGGCCGGAAGUGUUGAUUUCCUGCUGCUUACCGCUGAUGCUAACAAUAUGCCGUACGAUCUGUACAUGAGCCUGGUUCGCAAACGUGGCACGCUCAUCAUGGUUGGUGUCCCGAAUGACCAGAUAAAGAUUUCACCAUUUUUCUUGGUUCCUCGUGCUGUGCGUGUGCGAGGCAGUGCGAUCGGUAGUAUCCGGGACAUCGAGGACAUGCUGGAGCUCGCGGCGAAGAAGAACGUGCGCCCUAUCAUCCAGAAGCUGCCGAUGGCCAAGGUGAACGAGGGGCUGGACAUGGUUCGUGAAGGCCGUGUACGCUACCGUGUCGUUCUAGAGAACUAGGCCGUAGAAUAGUUUACUGUAGAGGUCCACUGGUGGGUAGGUUGCUUUCUUUCAUGAAGAUCUCACGCUGGUGUUCAAUGAAAUCAACGACUUUAUAACUUUCUCGCUAACAUAUAGACACCGUGCACGACUCCUUUGCCCUAUCAUAAACGAUAGUGCAAUACACUUUAUCUGCUGAAAAAAAAAUCUACAUAUAACGACAUACAAAAUCUGAAUCUGGAACAUAGUCAUUUAAAGCGUGGUAUAAAUUACAGAUCUCUAUUUAUGGGUACAUAAAUGUUUCAC